AUGAGUACCAUGGUUAAUUUAAUGCGAACAGAUUCUGCGCGGCAGGCAAGAUCUAUAUAUCGUCAAUUGCUAAAGCAGAGUCAACAAUUUGCAUCAUAUAACUUUAGAGAGUACGCGAAGAGGAAGACUCAUGAUUCAUUUAGGGAAAACAGAGAUGUUCAAGACAAUUUAAGUAUCCAAAAACUGAUUCAAAAAGGACAAAAAGAACUGCAGUCUUUGAAAAGGCAAACUGUCAUCAGUCAAUUUUACCAGCUCGAUCAACUUGUGGUUGAAGGAAAAAAGACAUCCUAA